GCUCAGGCUGGAGAAUAGAUGCGCUCGUGUGUAUCCUUCGUGUCAUAAAGUGUCUAUAAUAACACACACAUGGAGAUGAUGUGCUGUCGGAAUGUAUAGAGCUCAUGUAGCGAUUAGAUGUGAAUGAUUCUUCUGGAAUAAGAAGAUGCUGAUGCGGCGAUGAAGGAGAGUGUAGAAAGGAGCACACUUCAGGAGUGACAUGAGGCUGGCCUGCUCAGUUUCUGGCAGAUGAAGAAAAUACAAUUCCUGAAGGAGAAUAUGUGCAUUAGGGCUGUUGGUGAAGAUCAUUUCCCACUCGUGUAAGGAACAAAAGUGGUUUUUCAGGACAUUGGCAUGGACCAGUAAUGAAUGGUGACGGGGCUUCCAGCAGCCCGGAGCACUCCUCCUACCCGCUUCCGGACUGGAAGGAGUUCUGCGAGCUGCACGCUCAAGCUUCUGCUGCUGACUUUGCACACAAGUUCCAGCGUUUUAUCAGCGAGAACCCAUGCUACGACUCGCCCGGUGCUGAAGCCAGCUUUUCUCAACACUUUUCCCAGCACUUCUUGACCUGCUUCUCUGCCACCCUUGAAGAAACUCCAGGUCCUGGCUCGCCCGGUGGCACCUCGACACCCAAAUACAGCAUUGUGCCCUUUGUUGGGAUUCAGGGCUGCUCGUUGCCUUACGGCCACGAGCUUUACCAUCACCGCAGAGACGUGGGGGCAUCUAGCGAAUCACUGGACAGCAUGGACAGUGGAGGGGUUGGAGCCAGCGGACAGGAACCGCAAACGCCCACUCGGAAGAUGGCUGUUGUAAGCCAGUCCAGAAGUUCGGAGGACUUGUCGGCAGACCAUCGCAAAGCACGCUUCAAGAAGGGAUUUUCCCUACGCAACAUGAGUCUGAGCGUGGUCGACGGGGUAAAAGAGAUCUGGCACCGCAGGGCCUCUCCAGAACCUGACCCCCUGGCCAGUUCCAGGAGGACCAAUGGAGCUGAGGUGGUGGGGUUGGAGCACUGGAGCCAAAAGCUAAGGCUGUCACGGGGUUCUCAGGGACACAAAGCAGAGCUGUUGGAGAUCCAGAGGGAGGGUAUGCUUAGAUACAUGGUGGCUGAUGACACAAACUGCAUUGGGGCGGCACAGUGGCAGAAAUGUAGGUUACUGUUGAGGAAGACCGCUGCGUACUCGGACACUGGAGAGAAGUUUCUGCUGGAGUUCUACAUCCCACCGAAGUCUUCCAAACCCAAAGUGAGUGUUCCUCUAUCUGCUAUCGUGGAGGUGAGGACCACAAUGCCUUUAGAGAUGCCUGAAAAAGACAACACAUUUGUGCUCAAGGUAGAAAAUGGUGCUGAAUAUAUUUUGGAGACCAUUGAUUCUCUGCAGAAGAACUCGUGGGUGGCAGAUAUUCAGGACUGCAUAGAUCCUGGGGACAGUGGAGAUGACAUUGAGCUGGCGUCAUGUGCACACAGCCAACCUCUCAAAGAUUUCUCACUGGUGUCCUCCUGCAGCUGCGAGAUGUUGUGUGACGGAUCGCAUCGGGGCAGUACCGUUCAUGAUCACUGUACGCCGGUCACGCAGCACCCCUCGCACGUACCCUUAGAGAGAUUUUUACAGUCGCCCGAGGCCCAGAACGCUAACACUACAUCAGGAAGUCCUGGUGAAGGCCCAAGAGAAACGGAAGGAGAAAGCAGUUUGGCCGGUUACCCGUGGUUCCACGGGACGUUGUCGCGGGUGCGUGCGGCUCAGCUCGUCCUCGCCGGCGGCGCGCGCAGUCACGGUUUGUUCGUCAUCCGUCAGAGUGAGACGAGACCUGGAGAAUACGUCCUCACCUUUAAUUUCCAGGGCAAAGCCAAGCACCUGCGCUUGUCUGUGAAUGAAACCGGCCAGUGUCACGUGCACCAUCUGUGGUUCCAGAACGUCUCGGACAUGUUACAACAUUUUCACACUCACCCUAUACCUCUGGAGUCUGGCGGCUCUACGGACAUCACGCUACGAUCAUAUGUGCAAGUCCAGCGAACGCUCGCAGAUGUGUCCUCACCCCUGCGGGAUAGCCCUGUCUGUCGCACAGAAUCGAGCCAAUCGGCUCAUCAGCUGUCCGGUGUUGCUGCCACCUCAGAUGCAACGCUGUCAUCCAGCUCGUCGUCGUCGCCGAUGGCUCAGCCGAGCACAGGAGGGCUGGUGUCCGCCGGCGGUCUCCACAGUCGCAGUAACAGCGCAGAAAGGCUCCUGGAAGCUGCCGGUGGCAGCGCUGACGACUACCACGACACCGAUGGCUCACGGCGGACUCGAGCUGUAGAAAACCAGUACUCCUUCUACUGACAUCAGCUGUCAAUCAAACUCAGCAUCAGUCUGCUAGCAGAUAAAAUGCAGUUUGUUUUAUUGGUUCUUUGUUCUUCGGCAUUAACCUUUAGCAGCGCUAAAUACGCCCUAUGAAACUGUUUUUGUCAACACAUGAGGCUAAUUAUCUGAUCGCUUAUAGUACUUUAAAAAACUUCGAGGAAAAAGUCUGAGUCGUUUGCUGAGGAAUGAAAGCACGUGUCACUUGCGAGAACACUUGCAGAGAAUAUGUUUUUGAGCCAUUUGUUUGUGAAUCUGUGAAUGAUUUGUUGUUGUAUUAUCACGUAGGCGUGUUCUCCUCAUGUUUUCUCAUGUCAUGAACAACAGACCCGACUAAAAUGUUGUAGCAUUACCUGACUGAACUUGUUUCUGUUGUCCUGAUGUCGACAGAUCUUUGUGAAAUGAAGGUUCUAGUUUUGCAGUGUUUGACUUGUCAAAGGCUGAGAAUAGAUUUGCUUGCUGGUAUCUCACAGAUGUUGAAGCAUCCUUUAGCUUUUGCAUAAACUGAUGAUGUUUAUGGAUGAGUUGUAAUAUGGAGGUGUUAGUGAACGUGAGCCAGGCGGCCCCAGCAGUUGCAACAGGAAAACACAGGUGUCCCUCGACAAAUGUCUGAAGCAACACCAGCGCGUGAGGCUAUCUCCUUUAAGGCUUCGGGGGAGGGCGAGCUGGUCAGAGAGCUGACUUUAAAAGGAUGUGCCACACUCCCAGGUUGAAUGGGGCUGAUGAAGAUCCUCCCCUGAAUAGUUGGCGAGAAAUAGCCUGGAAGCCUUGUACCUCCAGCGGGCCACCAACCAGAGGAGAUGGGCUUCGUCCCUGUCCGUCGUUCAUAAGGAGGUGAUUAAGAUUAAGAUGGCAUUUGGCUCACACCCACUCCUUGGGAUCGACAGUUCUCCCGGUUUGCAGCACUCUAGUCUCACAAUCCCAUCGCAGCGCGUUCAUCAUCCCAUCAUCACGUUCUAAUAGCGUGGUGGGCUUCAGCAGUUAUUGUCAGACAUUAAAGGAGCUGUAUGUAAUAAUUUUACUGUAUUAAAUCAAAACAAUACCUUAGUAUGUUCGUAGACAUUUAGGAAACAUGCUAAGUUCAUAUAUUGGUUUAUCCAAAAAACACCGCAAUAGCCAGUUAUUCCACUCUGAAAUGUGCGUUCUGUGCCGGAAUGUCUGUUGUUGUUUUGUUGUGUGACCCCGCCCACUGACUGUUUACCACCUAGUGUAUUUCCACAGCUCGGUUGCCAGUUUGUGACAAUCACAGCAUAUUGUAGCAAACAAACAAUGAGUCUGUUGUGUUUUUUGUGCGGCCGAGAGACGAGUGUAGGCCUCAGAUCAGAGAAGCUGUUUGGGACCAAAGAGAACACGCACUGUUUCUCCUGUUACGCUCUCCUCUGGGUGGGACGCGUUUCCCCUGCGCAAAGUCCGAGAAAAAAAGUAAUCCAUCAUAAGUGACAGCAAACUGGCCAAACCAGCGGUGGUUUCUCGAUCUAGAGGAGAUGCUUGCAGCACAUCUGUGGCUGAUCCCGUCUCAAGCGUGGGGUUAUGAGUUGAGUAUGAGUUGUGGAGGCUGCCAUUGAUAUCAGAUGUGAUGUGCAAAGGGCGCUGUCUGUGUCAGGCAUUCUAGCUUGUCUGAACAGUGAAUGUUCAUGUUGCCGCUUUAUACGUUUCUUUAUCAAAUUCGGUUAGGUGGGCAUUAAAUGUCAUUUCACAUUUGAUUCAGAUGAAUAUAUCCUUUCUCAAACUCUUUCAUGGGAGCACACAAACUUAACUUGUCAGUUUACAUUUUUUACCAAUUCUAUGAAACCGUAAACAUCAAAUGAAUCCUUUGUCGGAUCAGAUGCGGUCUUUGCUACGAUUCUCAUCAUGAUCUUCAGCACUCGGAUGCUUGUGGCCAAAAUGAUUCAAAUUUACAUAAGGACGUUUACGACAUUUGCACAGUUUGUCUUCAUGAUACCUCGCACCCCAUCUUUCCCAUCAACCAAAAAACAUCUCUUUAAGCGAACUGUACUAAAUUGUGCUGUCUUUGCUACAACCCAACCCACAAUCGCAGUCCGUGUGAACGAUAAGAGACAGUUUGUGCAGAGACUGUAGGUGAAGCACUGUGUCAUGAGCUCUGUGCUCAUCUUCAUGAUUCUCAUUUUUAUUCACUCACAUGUAUUUAUUAUUUAGUGUAGUGUAGUGGAAAUACAAAACGGUUUAAAGCAACUGAACAAUUUCAUUCCGCACGUUUGUAGUUGUUUUGUUCUCCUCACGAUUUGUUGUGUACUAUUAGUUUGGUUUUAUUGUAAAAAACCUUUGUCAGGGAUCUCCAACCCUGCUGGUGAAGAGCUGCAGUACCCUCCUGCAGACUGCAGCUCCAUCACACCUGUCUGUAAUCAUCGAGCAACCCUCAACACCUUGAUGAGCUGCUUCAGCUGUGUCUGAUUGGGCUUGGAGCUGAAAUCUUCAGGAUGUAGCUCACCAGGAGCAGGGUUGCACACUUUUUUUGUAUAAUAUGAUGAACCUCCUGUACAACUUUAUAUUUCUGUGAAUAAAACUGGU